CAUAAACAGAAGAAUCUAGUGACCUGAUCACAGUGUCAGAAUCUAAGGACUUUCAGAUGAUCAAGAUGAAAAACUUCCUGGUUUCUCACUUUCCUCAGAUUGCCACCUACGCUACGAUCAUUGUGAUUUUCACGCAAAAUGUUUUGUUUGAUAGAGAAGGGGCCUGCACCUGCCAGGAUCAGACAGUUCACUGCAAUGUAUACAUCAUUAUGCCGAUUUUUAUAAUAUUCCUUUUGUUACUUUGGAAUGACAAGGACUUCAAUGGUACCUGGAGGGCGUGCUGCUGUAUGAAGAAAAGGAAGAUAUGUAACAAAAUUUGCUAUCUUCUUGUUCAGAUGGUAAAGGCUUCUGUGAUCAGUCUGCUGUGGGUCGUCUCUGUAUUAUUUGAUGGAGAUUGGUACGCUUGCUGUCAGAACGGACUGCCUAAAGAAAAGACUCAGAUUCCUUGCAAGACAAACAGAACCAUAGAGGAACAAGCCAUCGUUGAUAACCUGAAAAAUGAGUCAAAGGUUAAUGGCCUGUAUGUACUGCUGGGCCUCCUCCUCCUGAUUUUCUGCUUCUCUUUACUAAAGUGGUGUGACUUCUGGAGGAAAUGUUACAUGGAUGGAGAUGGACUUUAUGAGCUGAUCAUAAUAAAAGAAGAAGAAAAUAUUGUGAAUCAGAUUUUGAAAGAAAGAGCCAAAGAAGCUCUGAGAAAAAAGGUUGACGUAAUACUGGAUAGGAACGACAGGAACGAAUAUAUGGACUACUAUAAACCUGCUCAAAAAGUGAUCGAUCAACUCUGGCCAGAAGGAAAUCAGGUGGGACUUUCACAGAACUAGAGCCAGAGGAGGAACAGCAGUUCAUAAACCCUCAGCAACAUGUUAAACUUUGGGGUUUUUUUGUUUUCCUGACACCAGAAAUCAAUUUAAAUUUGUAAAAUAUGGGAGUGUUGUGGUGGUGCAGAGGGUAAACACAGCCCACAUAUGGAGGCUUUAGUCCUAGACAGGGCCGUCACAGGUUCGAUUCCCAGCAUGUCUUCUCCUUCUCUCAUUACCUUCUUUCCUGUCAAUUCACUAUCAAAUAAAGACCACUAGAGCCACAAAAAAAAUCUGUAAAAUAAAUAAUUGUUAGUGUAAAAAUAUUAAUUUCCAGGGUCAGACUGGAUGUGAUCUGAAAACAGAUUUCUAAAACAUUAAUAUUUCACAUUUAUGUACCACAGCUGAUGGUCUAUAUGUUUUAUUUUAUAUUAGUAUAAUAUAUAUUCUUUAAUUUCUUUAAUAUUCUUUAAAUUUGCUGGCAGCAUAUUAGGCCAGAUAUAAAGUUAAAACCAGAUAAAAGACAUUAAAUCAAAUGAAACCUUUCCUGUUUUGGAUAAAUUAGGAUUAUUAAAAUCAUUUAUAUUUGUUAAAUACUUGAAUAAUGAAAAAAAUGAUUUUUCAUCUGUCUUUUAAAGCAGCUCUUUAGUUGAUGUUAACUGUCGGGAUCAUGUCAGCGUGACCUUUGACCUCCAGGUUAUUGAAGAGUUUAUAAAUAAUUCUGGGACACAGAUCUGUGUCCCUCAUUGCUUUGGUUAUAGAAAUGAUUUCAGUAACUCAGGGAAAGUUUCGUCUGAUUUAAUGAAAUUAUGACAAUUUCUAUCUGGUUUAUCUGUAAAUUCUUACUUGGUGUUGAUUGUGGCUUUAUUAGGGAAAUAUAUCAAUAUUAGGAACAUUUAUUCUAAAUAUUAUAAAUAUUCAGUAAAGUUUUAAUUCAGUUUGUUAAACUGUUUAUUACAGGAUUUAUUAAUUGUGAUCUGAAUACGGUUGCAGAGUUUUGUUGUAUUUUUUACUUUUAUAAACAUGAAUCAUUUACAGUAAAGUUUAAUCUUUAAUGUUUGCUUGUUGAUUCUGAUUAAUAAAGAAUAAA